AUGGCACUCCGGACGGAUGAACCACCCGCUUUAACGGAUACUAGUACUGCACUAGAGAUGGCUAAACAUGAAAGGUGGGAGCGAUCCAAUCGCCUCAGCUUAAUGUUUAUGCAGUCUCACAUUGCCAAAGGCAUUAGGGGUUCUAUCCCCGAAUGUCCUAAGGCUAAGGAUUUUUUGAAAGCCGUUGAAGCACAGUUUGUGAGUUCAACUAAAGCCAUGGCCAGCACUCUAAUGAAGAGAUUAUCAAGUCAAGCCUUCGAUAGUUCCAAAGGUGUGCGUGAGCACAUCAUGGAAAUGAGGGAUAUAGCAGCUCAAUUAAAGUCCCUUGAGGUUGAGAUUUCCGAAUCCUUCUUGGUCCAUUUGGUUCUCAACUCUCUUCCUCCUCAGUAUGGUCCUUUCAAGAUUUCAUACAACACACAUAAGGAUAACUGGUCAAUUAAUGAACUUUUGACCAUGUGUGUUCAAGAAGAAGAGAGAUUGAAACACGAGAAACCAGAAAGUGUUCACUUGGUUGCUCGUGCUAAAGCAAAGACUAAGAAAGGCAAGGCUGCCCACCACUCCAAGAAAGGAAACAAGAUGUCACUCAAAGGGAUUUCUCAAAACAAGGAAGCCGAUAAGAAGUGA